GCAUGGGGAUGUCGAACGCUAUAAAUUAGUCGAACUUCGAUUCUCUUGGCGCCCAAUUCACUUCAGUCACACACUAUGAUAUGCCAAUAUCCGCGGGCUCGAGAAUGAUGUAAAAAGAGCUACUAGGUUUUUUCUCCGUCGUUGUCUUUCGAUUUAACAAUGGAGAAGCUCGGAUUUCCAAGCGUGAAGAGGUUAAACCAGUUGAACUCACUGUCUGGUUUGGUACAAGGAACUGCGAAAACGUUCUCCUCUUCGCGUUCCGUUCCAGAACCCGCCUCGUCGGGACGUUUUGUCAAUUUGAAGAUUGCUGCAGAGAGGAUGAUGAAAGAUCAGGCUUCUUUGAAGACUGAUCUGGAUAUGGCGAAUGCGAAAUUGAGGAAAUCAGUGGAGCACACACGUGCUUUAGAGGAUAAACUGCAGAAUGCCUUGAAUGAAAAUGCCAAGCUCAAGGUGAAGCAGAAAGAAGACGAGAAGUUGUGGAAGGGAUUGGAAACGAAAUUCUCGUCGGCUAAGACACUGAGUGAUAAGCUCUCCGAAACAUUACAGAUUUUAGCAAGUCAAGUUCAGGAUGCUGAGAAAGACAAGGAGGUUUUAGAAGCCAAAUUAUCUUCAAGUUCUACAGCUGUUGAUGGGUUAAACCAAAGAAUGCAAGACUUGUGUAUAAAAGUAGAAUCUGGUGAAGAAACAAUAAGAAAUCGUGAGAAGGCGCUGGCGAAGCUCAAAAUUGAGAAAGAGGAGAAUUGUAAAUUGUACAGAGAAGAACAGCAGAGAACUGCAAAUCUGAUUGAGGAAAAAGACUCUAUGAUCAAGAGAUUUGAAGAAACAGUUGUGGAGAACAGGUUGAUCAUAGAGGGACUGAACUCUAAACUGGAUGAGGCACAAUUAGAGUCAAACUCGAAAGAAGAAAAAAUUAUUAGUUUGAUAGCCUCACGAGAUGACUUGCAGAAGGAAAAGAGUGAUUUGGAAAUGCAUAAUGAUGAGAUUCAUAAGAAAUUAGAUGCGUCACUCUUGGAGAUCAAAAACCUUGAGAAUCUCGUCCAUUUUUUGAUUGAUCAGCUGGUUGAAUUUGAUCGUCAUAACUCAACUUUUGAAGAGAAAUUUAAUCAGCUAACCCAUCUAAAUGACUCUUGCUUUAAGCUGGCCAAUUUGGAAAGGGGUUUUGCUUCGGAGCUGGCCCAAAAGAAAUACAACGACCUCCAUGAAAAAUUUAUUUGUGUAACAUCAGAAAAAAAUGCCCUCGAAUUGAUUAAUGUCGAAUCACAACAAAAGGUUGAUGAACUUCAGAAAAUCCAGGAAUCACUAAUGGCACAGCAUUCAGAAGAAUCUCGUUUAGCAGGAGGGAGAAUUCAGAAGUUGGAGUCUGAAGUAGAAACUCUUGUUUCUGAAAAAACUGAGACAGAAUCAUUGGUUUCCAAGUUAGAGGAGAAAAUUGGUACUUUGUCAGAAAGUUCAAGAUCAUCUGAGAGUAAAAUGCAAGAUUUGUUAAAGAAGAUUUCUGCACUAGAAAUUGAGAAUCAAUGUAAUGCAGAAAAAUUGGAGAAAGAGUUACACGAUAAAGCAGAAGAGAUAGAUACUUUGAUGAAGGAGAGCAAAAAUUAUAAACAACGUGCAGAAAUGCUUGAGGUAGAAGGAGAUCAACUUCGCAAUGUUUUGAAGGAAAAGGAAGAGUUUAUUCUUUUGUCUAUGGAUCGUGAGAAGAAGCUAGAAGAAGAAAAUAAAGAGAACCAAGCUCUACUGUUUUCUGCUGAAAUGAAGCUUUCCGAUGCUAAAAGACAGUAUGAUUCAAUGCUGGAGAGUAAACAGAUGGAGCUAUCAAGACAUUUGAAAGAUAUAUCUCAUAGAAAUGAUCAGGCUAUCAAUGACAUCCGGAACAAGUAUGAAAUGGAGAAAUUGGAGAUUGUUAACAAGGAAAAGGAAAAGGCAGAUCAAGUUUUACAAGAGAUGGAAAGAAAUUGUGAACAAAGCCUAGCAGAAGUGAAAGAAGAAUCUAGGAAAUGCCUGAUUCGCAUUCAGGAAGAACAUGCUGCUCUGUUGAGUCAAAUUCAGCAAGAGCAUACCAGAAAUGAACAAAUGUGUAAAGCCAAACACAAUGACGAGUUGCAGCGUGCUCAACUUCAUGCUGAGAACGAAUUGAAAGAGAAAUUGACGUCACUGAGAAGUGAACAUGAGGCUCAGAUGAAAGCUUUGAGAUGUCAAAACGAAGAUGAAUGUAGGAAGCUUCAAGAGGAAUUGGAUCUCCAAAAAACCAAAGAAGACAGGCAGAGAGCUUUGUUGCAAUUGCAAUGGAAAGUGAUGGGUGACAAGCUACAAGAGGACCAAGAAGUGAAUUCAAAGAAGGACUACUCCAUGUCAUCAAUCAAGAUGAGAGGUUCGGGUGGUUCCAGAAAAAGCAAGCGUGCUCUGAUUAGAACAGAAAAUGAUGAGGAAUCACCUAACCAGCAAGCAACUCAAACACCAGUAUCACAGUUGUUGAAGACCGUGGAGGACAUAAACACAGGAAGUAUUGCAAAUAUCCCGAAGCACCAUAAGAAGGUUACUCGUCAUGAAUAUGAAGUUGAAACUACAAAUGGAAGGACGAUCACUAAAAGAAGAAAAACAAAAAGUACAGUUCUGUUUGAGGACCCGAGAAAACAUAACAAAACUCCAAGAAGAAAUACCCCCCGAGGUCCUGUCAAGACAAUCAAGGGUGGGGAUCAAUCACGGCCUUCAAACAUUGGUGAUUUGUUUACGGAAGGGUCACUGAAUCCCUAUGCAGAUGAUCCUUAUGCAUUUGAUUAGAGUGUAGAAUCUUCAGCCUUCGAUGUUCAUUUGGCUGUCUUUGUUAUCCAAAACAAAUUCUUACCUAAAAAACUUACUCUGCACGUCAAGAUGUUCUCAAACCCUAAAAAAGAAUAAAAACUACAAGAACGAACUCUCCCUUCAGGUACUUCAUCCAUUGAAAAUGAACUUAUAGCUCGGAUGGUGGUGGGACUUGAAGAGAGAGAUGAGAAGGUGAGCAUUCAUUGUUUCUCUCACAAAUUGGUCCAUUAUUCAAUAGGGCAGAGGGAUAGAUAUAAGAUGACUUUGUUGCCUGCUUAUUUCAUUCAACUCUUCUUUGUGUGCUUUUUUAUAAUGAACAUAUUUUUCUCGUCCAAUUGAAUGUUAUGUACCUCACGGUGGUUGUUUA